UUCUUCUUCAUCUUCUGGUUAAUUGUUCUCUCUCUCUAAAAAAAAGCUUUUACAGAGCAAGGAAAAGUACUUAAAUGGCAGAGCAUCAUUUCGGUCAGUACCCUCAGCACCAGCAGGGCGGCGGCAGGACCCACCAGAUGAUGGGCAUGGGUAUGGGCGGCCACCAGCACCAGCAGCCGCGCAGCCACCAGAUGGUCAAGGCGGCCACCGCCGUCACCGCCGGCGGAUCUCUCCUCGUCCUCUCCGGCCUCACUCUCGCCGGCACCGUCGUCGCUCUCACCAUCGCCACCCCGCUGCUCGUCAUCUUCAGCCCUGUGCUGGUCCCGGCGGCCAUAACCAUCUUCCUCCUGGGUUCAGGGUUCCUCGCCUCCGGCGGGUUCGGCGUGGCGGCGCUGAGCGUGAUGUCGUGGAUCUACAGAUACGUCACCGGGAAGCACCCGGUGGGUGCGGACCAGCUGGACACCGCGCGUACGAAGCUGGCUGGGAAGGCGCGUGAGAUGAAAGACAGGGCGGAGCAGUUUGGGCAGCAGAAUAUCACCGGCGGUGGAACUCACAGUUCUUGAGCUCGGCGCGUGCGUGGGACUCACCAUUUCGAACCCCCCUUUCUUUUUUGAGUAUGGAAUCUAGAGUUGACAAGGGGCUGUUUGGAUGGAAGUGAUUAUCGGAUUAUCUGCUUUAAUUCUGCUCUACUUUCUAUUUUAUUAUGUAAUAAGCUUUUGAAUUCUAGUUGAAUUAUCUAUAUGUUUUUUUGUAUUUGUGUAUAUGUCUUCAAUGGCAUUUUGUUCCUUUGAAGAGAAUAAAUAAUAAAUAAUAAAACAUCUUCAUUUCCAA